UUUACGUUUUUAUAGCUUUGUAAUUUAGCGGAUGUUGGCAACACUGCAUGUACUCAGUGUGAAAAUUUUCUCUCUUACACUGUCUCUCUUCUUUAUCGCUAUUUGUGUUUUUAUUAUGCACAAUUUGACAUUUUGACAGUUUCCAAUUGGAAUCAACUUGUAUGACUCGUUAAUUGUUAUUUUAAUAAAUUUUUAACCAAAAGUAUAAAGUAAUAUUUCUAUAAAAUACUUUACCCAAGCUUAAGGCAAUGAAACAACAUAAAUGCAUUCGUUGGGCUUUUGAUUUGGCCAGUUGGAAUCCUACAUUAGCGCAGUUAGCGCAAGCGGUGGCUGUGAUUCAGCCUGAGGAACGUAAACGUUUGAUGAAAUUUGUUUUUCUUGAUGAUUUCCUUUCCUCGCUAGUUGGACGCCUGUUAAUGCGAAAGUUCGUCAGUGCGCACAGUGAUAUUGACUAUAAAGAUGUGCGAUUUGCACGUGAUGUGCGUGGAAAACCUUACUGGUUACAAGCAGACCAUAAAUACCGCAAUCAACUCUCCUUCAAUGUAUCACACCAAGGGAAGUUUGUAGUGCUUGCAGGCAUUUCUAGCGAAAGCAGACAGGAAGCCACAGCUACAACACCUACUACAACCGCCAUACCAAAAGUGGGAGUUGGCGUUGAUGUUAUGAAAAUUGAGUACAGUGGAGGUAGAAAUCUAGCUGAAUUCUUUCGUAUAAUGCAGCGUAAAUUCUCGGACAAUGAAUGGCGGUACAUACGUCAUCCACAGCAUAAUGAGUACGAUCAGCUGAAAGCAUUUAUGCGUCAUUGGUGUCUUAAGGAGGCGUAUGUUAAGGAGCUUGGUGUGGGCAUAACUGUAGAUUUGCAAAAGAUCAGUUUCACUGUUGAUACAACGCAUGAAUUGGAUGUUGCGGCAUCACCACUAACUGGCACAACAUUACGUGUCAAUGAUUUGCCACAAAAUGAUUGGCACUUCGAAGAGCAUUUACUACAACCAAAGUAUUGCGCUGCAAUUGCAUUUAAAAAUUUCAAACCAGAAUUGGAAAAAUUUGAACUUUUGAAAAUUGAACAACUUUUGGUGGUGACGGAGAAGGCAACAGACGCUGGGAUAGUCGACUACUGUAGGGAGGCGUUAAGGAAGCGACGGAAGACAUAGUUUAUGCAUGUGUUUAUCUCUCAAUCUAGUUUUUAGGUAUAAAUGUGUUAUACUCUUGCUGAUGUAUGUUGUUGGAUAAAAUAUAUAUAUUUUUUAUAUUGAUUGCAUUUAUUGUAAUAUAAAAUGUUUUAGCUUUUAUAA